GCCCAUCAUAACAAUAAUAUAUGUUCCUGCGGUUAAGAAGUCGGGGCCGAGGCGUUAUUUACAAAAUUGUCUGUAAAUGUUUAUUUUUAGCCGCUGUGAAAUACAAUAGAAGUUUAUACAAGAAUUAAGGUGUCGAUUGUUGAAGUAAGGAGUUGAGUUAUCAGACUGCAUAAUGACAACUCAAGGAAGCAGUCUCUUCGCACCUAAUUAUGGACAAGAGCCGGAAUGGGGACAAGAGAGGCCUAUAACUUUUGAAGACCUUGGAAUACCACGGUCCCAGGCCAUGCGGGCAACAGUAUUUGGAAAUAUAAGAACGUGCCAAAGCCUGAGAUUUUUGGAAUGGAUUCUCCUUGUGGGUGGUCUCCUGUCGACCCUAGGAACAAUUGGGUUAGCGAUAUACAGAUUGUUUUAUCUGCCUCCAGGAUCUCAGGAUUAUGUGUUUGCCAUGCUAAUCAUUUUCCAUUCAGCCUUCUGUAUUAUAUACAUCGUAGAUGGGGUAUUUCGGGAGCAAGCUUUUGAAGUCCUUGCUUUUGUAGCAUCAUGCAUAAUAUUGAUAGUCUACGUUGUGAUUAAUUAUGCCAAGGAAUCUUCCACUUCUGAUACUUUCAAACUGGUACGUCUUAUCCUGACUCUCGUAUUUGGCACCAGUUUGGGCACCAUUGGGACCUUUCUCGGCUACAAUUACUGGCAGUCGGGAAACCUCAUUUUUAGAACUGUUGGCGCAGAUAGCUCCAUCCAGGAUAUGUGUAGAGUUCUUUUUACAACAGUGACCCUCAUCCUGUUUGACAUUCAGAUUGUGGGGAGUGUGGUAAUCAUGGCUAUGCAUCACCGGCUGUCUGAGCUUGAUCUUGAGGAAAUUCUGACUGUAACUGUAGGGGCUCCAAUGUUACUUGCGUGGGCGACCAUUGCGUACUUAGCGUUACGUCUCGAGAGCAGAUAUUUCUUCAGUGUUGCUAUGGUUCUCAGUCCAGGUCAUGUGGCCUACCUCAUCUUAUCUAUCACGCAAACUGCAGUGAAACAUGAAACUACUAUCAUUGCUCAGUGCCGUUACGCAGCCAGUGCAGGAAGUUUGAUAGUACAUUUGAUCUUAAUUAUUCUUAUGAUCAAGUGUUACAGGAACUUUGGCUUAGGACUCAAAGAAAAGGUGUACCCACCACGGACCAAUGAAGUCAGGAUACAAGAGGAUCUGGUUCAGUAGUGUUUGGUGGCUUGUUCUUCAUGAUUUUAUAUUUAUGUUGUAUGGGGUCGCAGAUUCAAAUGAGAAAAACGCAAAAUUAAUUAGGACGAGAUUACUGAAAGUGAAUGUCCUUCUUCGUACGGAUUAUGGCUUGAGGAAAGUCUUAACCCAUUAUCGCCAGUAUAUUUUGAAGCCAAAAUAAAAGUUUCCGGGCAGCUACAAAAUUGGCACGAGGGGCUGGCCCGGACUCUGCCUGCAUGCUGGCCACGGCCUGCUGCUGCGUCAGAACACGAGCCCCGAUACAGCGUCACACUGGCGGGACGCCCGGCAAUGUUUAUUUUUUUCGGGUGUCCCACAUAUGGGACACCCGUCAUUACUGGGUUGAGUAUGAAUAAUCUAUUUAUUUUGAAUAUUGUGUAUAGGAUAUGUUGAAAUGUAGAAUAUUUCUAAAACUGACAGAUUUGAAAUUAGAUUUUAUAUAUCAUAGGGUGAGAUAUGUAUUGAAUUCAGAAAAAAAUUAAAUUAUGCAUUUUGAACUAUUUUAAGUGAGGUAUGUUUUGUGCAGGCAGUAGUAGUACAUUUUGUAAAUUAUUAAUUUAAAUUUAGAUUUUUUAGGCUUUGAGUAGAAUUAUUCUGUAAAUGGAAUAUUGAUCUAGUCUGGUUUCAGUUCGAAAGAUGUACUCUAAGGUCUGUAGAACUGGGUAUACAGUUCACUUAUUGCUUUACCAUAUUUAUGAGCUGUGAAUAGAGAUAUAAAGUUGUGUAGCUUGGUGCUAUAGGUAGAUAGAUGUAUGUAUCUAUUGAAAUAGAUGGUAAAUGAAAAACAUUAUAAGUUGAAGGAGAUGCCUUUGUAUUCAGUAAAAUACCUGGGACAAGUCUGCUCACAACCAAUUCACUCACCUCAUAAUACUCACAGUCAGUCACUGUAAGAUUGUCUUGAUUUCGCUGAUAAUUGUACAUGCACACUAAUUUGUUCAAUGUAUGUUAAAACCCACAAUUUUCAUUCAGGGUCUAUAAAAAAGUAUAUUUAGGUAUUGCACUUAUGUAUUGUAUUUGCUUGAAUAAUCUCUCAUAUUAUUGUGCAGUGCCAUAUUCAGUGACUAGCACCUAUUAGUUAUUGAAUCUAUAAUUCAUUUACCUGUCUUUGCCAUUUUUACCUACUUCAUUAACAGUAUAAGUUAUUCAUUCAUUCAUUUGUUCUUUUUGAAAAAGUGAUUGAUUUAGUAACACAUUUUGUCACCUUUCGUAUUUAGAGACAUUUAGAUACAUACACUCAUACAUGAAAUGUCCACACUAUUCAUAUCUUAAUUUCAUUUCACUUUUCACACCAUAUCAGAAAAUAUCGCAGUUAAUCAUUCACACCUAUUUAACUGUCCUGAGAUUUUGAUUCUACCCUGAUUUAUAACUGUGUGAUAUCUGAACUGUCUGUCUAUUUCAGGGUAAAAGAGGCACUGUGCUAUUUGUAUAACAUUCCUUGCAUAUUUUUAUGCUGUAAUAUUGAUAUGUGUUGUUUUAGAACUAUAGUAAGCAAAAAAAAAAAAAAAAAAAAAAGAUGGAGAUAGUGGUUAUGAUUACCUUCUGUGAAGGGUGUCUUUGGUCCUUUGAAAGGGAAACUAUAAAGCAUGGCGAGUGUUCACAUAAUACUCUUUAUUAGAUGAUGUUCCUUAGUGGAGACCUGAUAGUAAUAGAAGUCAUCAUUAGUUUGAGUGAAGUGAUAGGACGUGGUAUAAGUUAUCAGUAUCAUCUGUUUUAUAUGAUCUCUCUGCAGCAUUGAAAUGAGGAAAGAAUUAGCAUUAUAUUAUAGAAAACAAAUGUAGAAACAGUUGUAGAGUGACACUGAUUUCAUGCUUCAUUUGUUUGAUUUACUUUCAGAUGCUGAUAUAGCUGAUGUGUUUAAUGCUUUUAAAUAGUUCUUUUUUGCUUUCUAUUAUUUAAGUUUACAACUUGGAAAUAAUAGUGAACUUCAGCACAGAUCUAUUAAGCAGGUUAUACAAGGCAGGCAAAAUGUAAUUGGAUACCAAUAAGUUUUUGUAUGGACUUAAGUGUUAAAUAAUUAGUUCAAUUUUAACAUCAAAUUUUAUCUGCAAUAGGUUGUAAGGGCAGUGAAUGCUUUUUUAUCAUACUUUUACAGAUGUGGCCAGUUCUUGACCUACAAGUGCUUUUAAAAGCUUUGCAAGUUUGUUAUGUAAUCUACUGAUUUUGUUUUAGAGGUAGGUUUUGUGUGUGUGUGUGUGUGUGUGUGUGUUUGUGUGUGUGUGUGUGUGUGUGUGUGUGUGUGUGUGUGUGUGUGUGUGUGUGUGUGUGUGUGUGUGUGUGUGUGUGUGU